AUGCCGUCAUUGGUCUUGGCGGACUUUAUCGUGUUUGCAGCAGCGUUACUAAUCUCCCUUGGUAUUGGAGUGUAUUACGCGCUCUCGGGUGGACGCCAAAAGACAACCAAGGAGUAUCUACUGGGAAACAGGAAAAUGAAUAUCAUGCCGGUCGGGCUUUCUCUCAUGGUGUCGUUCGAAUCCUCUAUCAUGAUGCUUGGGUUUCCUGCCGAGAUCUACACCUAUGGCAUCAUGUUUUGGUGGUUUACAGUCGGGUUUAUGUUGGCACAGCUCAUAGCCAUCAGGAUCGUCGUACCCCUCAUCCACCCUCUCCGUGUCACCAGCGUUUAUGAGUACCUACAAUUGCGGUACAACAGCCGUGUGCCCCGUCAAAUUGGGACCGCUAUGGGGAUGCUGUAUUACAUUUUCUAUAUGGGAGUUGUACUGUAUGGACCGGGAACUGCAUUGGAGGCGGUGGCGAAUCUGCCUUUAUGGAUCUCGAUGGUCGUUAUAGCCGGGGCUGCUAUAAUAUACACAGCUAUUGGAGGCAUCAAGGCGGUGAUAUGGACUGACGUAUUUCAAUGUGCGGUGAUGUAUUGUGGGAUAGCUGGUAUCAUUAUUAAGGGCUGUAUGGUUUCGGGAGGAUUCGGGAGGGUUUUUGAAAUCAAUGGACAAGUCGGUCGUUUAAACUACUUCAACUUCGAAGUCGACCCGACUGUCCGUCAUACCUUCUGGAAUCUACUGAUAGGUACUGCGAUUCGUCUGAUAUACCUCACGUUAAACCAGUCAACCAUACAAAGGAUCUGUGCUGUACCCACCCAGCGUGACGCCACAAAGAUCUUCCUGUUUGCUGGUCCGGCAUUUUUCAUCACAUUUUCUAUUGCAACGUUUGAGGGACUUGUAGCCGUGGCCUACUUCUACUCGAUUGGUUGUGAUCCUCUGGCGUCCGGACAAAUCAAAAAUCCUAAUCAGAUCAUACCAUAUAUGGUCAUCUGGCUGUUUAAAGAUAACCCGGGUAUGUCGGGUUUGUUCAUGGCUUCCCUCUUCUGCGCCUCGCUGAGCACUUUAUCCUCCGGCCUAAGCAGUCUCUCAGCCCAAACAGUAGAGGAUAUGAUUAAACCUUUGUGGCCAAAUAUUUCGGACAGGAAAGCAACAACGAUCGCCAAGCUAUCAGUGGUAUUUUACGGAAGUCUUUCCCUGGCUGUAUCAUUCAUGAUCGCUAAUAUAGAAGGAGUCCCUCUAUCACAGAUUACUGGCCAAAUGUUGUCGGCUUUUGGGGGAGCUACAGGAGGAAUGUUUUUAUAUUCCAUUUUUUGUCCCUGGGCAAACAAAAAGGGGGUCAUAAUCGGAGGUAUAUUUGGGAUGAUAUUUAUUUUCUGGAUUGGAAUCGGAAAAAGUUUCUCUACGACAUUAAUCAGGGAGCCACGCCUCCCUCCCGUGACGUCAGGAUAUUGCUACUACAAGGAUGACGUGACCGUCACAAGUGAUGACUUCACAAAUACGACAGCUUAUUUUACAACAAUGGCUUCCAUGGUUACCGAAUCCGUCAUAACUCCACCUCGCCAGAAGUAG